GUUAGUUCGAAAUUUCUAAAAAAUUCGUUCUGGCUUUGCCUGUUUUCCUUAAAUCAUUCAAUUUCAUUCGUUAUAGAGAGAAUUCGAAGUGGGUUUCACGCUAAAUUUAGGACAAAACUCACUCUUUGCCAUUCCGGUGAAGAGAAAGAGAAGGUGCAUGCAUUUUUGUUGCCUGGAUGGAAAGUAAAUAUUAGGAUUUGGCAGGAAAACAUGAUUAUACCUUCCACCUUUUGUCCAAUUUUACAGCAAUAGUCAUCACUCUCCAGUGAGGAAUCACCUGAAUGGGAUGUGGGAAGGUCCAUUAUGUCUGGACUAAUUGAAGGUCUUCCUGACGCAGUUGCGCUUCAAUGCCUUGCACGGGUGCCGUUCUAUCUCUACCCUAACUUGAAACUUGUUUGCCGUUCAUGGAGAGCCACUAUUCGCAGCCCCGAGCUCUUCAAGGUCCGACGUGAGGUCGGUGCAUUAGAGGAGUUCUUGUGUGUAUGUGCUUUUGAGCCUGAGAAAUCAUGGCAGCUUUAUGAUCCUCUCAGAGACCUUUGGCUGACGCUACCUGUUCUACCCUCAGAGAUCAGGCAUCUUGCACAUUUUGGUGUUGUCUCCACUGCAGGGAAGCUGUUUGUGCUUGGUGGUGGCAGUGAUGAUGUCGAUCCAUUGACUGGUGAUCAUUAUGGUAUAUUUGCAACAGAUGAAGUGUGGUCAUAUGAUCCCAUCCUCCAACAUUGGGAUCAGAGGGCAUCAAUGCUAGUACCCCGUGCAAUGUUCGCCUGUUGUGUGUUGGAAGGUAAGAUUAUUGUUGUGGGUGGUUUCACCAGCUGGCGAAGGUCUAUAGCUAAGGCUGAGAUCUAUGACCCAGAGACGGAUGUUUGGGUUCCAAUUCUCGAUCUCCCUCACACUCACAAUUCAGCAUGUUCUGGGGUGAUGAUUGGUGGCAAGUUGCAUGUGUUGCACAAGGGGCUGUCAACAGUACAGGUCAUGGAGAAUGCUGGGUGUGGGUGGGCAGUCGAAGACUAUGGGUUAUUGCAGGGCCCAAUGGCAUUCGUUCAUGGGGAGCUUUAUGUGUUGAGCCAUGGGGUCAUAUUCAGGCAGGACAAGGAGCAAAGAUUACAAAAGAUAGUGGCAGCAGCACCGACAUCAGCCUUGGACUUUCAAAGUAGAAUUGGGUUUGCAAUGAUCGGAUUAGGAGAUGAACUUUACAUGAUUGGAGGGGUGAUUGGUCCUGGCCGAUGGAAUGUAGACAUCAAACCACUGUCUGAUGUCGAUGUCCUUACAAUUGGGGUUGAGAAACCGACUUGGCGCCAGGUCUCCCCUAUGACACAAUGCUGUGGUACUGUACUUGGGUGUGCACUGUUGAGGAUCUAAUGUUGCUUUGUCUCAGACUUUGUUGAGAACUAGUGGUGGUGCUGCUGCUCUUGUGGGUUUCAGUCCCCCAAGCCCUUACUGCAAAGAAAUGCCCAGCUACUGUUUUUGUUUGUGAAAACUAUCUUGUUAAAUUUGAUCUACUGUGAGAUAUUUUGUAAGAGGAAAUGCCAUUCAGUGAGGCUACAAAA